UCAGGUAGAUUUCAGUUUAUCAGUGUCAGUAUUAAUCGCAAACAAUUUUCUUAAGUAGAGAAAAAAAUAAUUAGUACAAUACUUACCAGACCCAACCUAACAGAAAGCAGACCAACCGAACCCCAGAUCUGCUUUCUGUGUCUGCUUUGGUUCUGGGCCCCAACUUUCAGAAGCAGACCUAUAUUUGGAAUAUACAAAGGGUGGGGUUACAUAGGGUAAAAAAAAAACCGAUCUGCUCACACUUUAGUUCAUAAAGCGGACUCCAAGGACUGACCCCCAGCAGCUGACUCAGAGCAGACCCAAAUUUUUAAAAACCAGACCAAAGGCAGACACAUAGCGAACAAUAAGUCAGCUUUUGGAGUUUGCCUUAAUGUUACAUGUACUAGGUUGUGUAGGGUCUGGUCAGUACUGUAUGCAUUACCAUUUCUGGAAGAUAUUUCCCCACGGUCAUUUUCUGUCAAGAAUGGCUUAAAGGGAACAGUUUUUCAUUUUGUUAUAUUAAUUAAAAAAAAUCCCUCUGGUCAAUUUAAAGGAAUAACUGAGAGAUAAUGUAUUAUAUUACUGACUUAUAUUGAAAUUUGGAUUUUUUUUGUAUAUCUCAGAUUCAUGUAGCAGAAACAUCAGAAGUUGCUGAUCAUUGUCGCAGGCAUGCUCUUAGUGAUGACUCCACUCUAUUUUCUUUGCAAUGCAGUCAUAGCCAUAAUCAUUUUUGUGAGUCCUGUGAACAAAUCAAAGAGGUGGUCAGGGAUGACAAGCAACUGGUCAAUCAGUUUGAUUUUACAAACAGGGAUGACAGAGAUGACAUCAUAUUCAGAUUGAUGCAUGCUGAAUUGGGCAUUUCUAGUUGGAAAUCACAUCUACUAAGAGCAAAAAAUCAGGAAGAGGCAAAACAGGAAGUAUUCAAGUCUUUAUCAAGUUCAAGUGCUUGCAUCGUCUUGGACUGGGCCAUGAAAUUUCUGCCUCGCAAGUAUAGAGGGGACAGUCAGGAUUGGUUUGGGAAGAGAGGUAUAUCAUGGCAUGUAGCAGUAGUAUUUACAAAGGAUGAUGAAAUUUUGAAAGGUUUGACCUAUCUACACAUAUUUGAUGGACAAAUCUCCCAAGAUGCCAGUGUAACAACAGCAGUCAUACUAGAUGUGGUACAGAGUCUUAAUCAUCAGUACCCAGAUAUCACCACCAUUCAUCUUUGGUCAGAUAAUGCAGGUUGUUACAAAAGCUCUGAAACAAUAUCAACAAUCUACCACCAUUGUAAGGCAGUUUAUUCAUUUGAUUUUUGUGAGGCACAGGAUAGGAAAGGGGCAUGUGACAGGACAGCUGCUGUAAUAAAAGCAAACAUAAGAAGAUUUGUCAAUGAAGGACGUUAUGUCGUAACAGCAAGGGAUAUGAAGCAGGCAAUAGAGAAAACCAGUAAGAAUGUACAGUACAGAGUGAAGGUGGUUGGAGUGGAAACCACAGAGCGUCAGAAAUUUAAACCGAUCCCAAGCAUAUCAACAUUCAACAAUUUCAAGUUCCUUGUUGGUAGAUUGCAAGUUUGGAGACAUUAUGGCAUUGGAGUUGGUAAGAUUUUUUGAGUCAUUUACAUGGAUAAAUAUACAUGUAUGAGCUGCAUCAUCCCAUUA